UAUAAAGGCAGUUCCAACUGGCUCUGCUCACUCCUCCCCAUCCUCUCCUUUGUCCCUCUGUCCCUCUCCCUCACUGCCCCUGCACCAUGGGGCCUGCCUCAGGUGCCAGCCUGCUGCUGCUUCUACUGAACUGUCUCCCCCUGGCCCAGGGAGAUCCCAUGUACUCCAUAAUCACCCCAAACAUCCUGAGGCUGGAGAAUGAGGAGAUGAUGGUGCUAGAAGCUCACGACAUGCAAGGGGACAUUCCUGUCACGGUCACCAUCCACGACUUUCCAGCCAAGAGGCAAGUGUUGUCCAGUGAGAAAACCGUGCUGACAAACGCCAAUGGUCACCUGGCCACAGUCACCAUCAAGCUCCCGGUCAGCCAGGAGUUGAAAUCAAAUAAAGGGCACAAGUUUGUGAGUGUCCUGGCGACCUUCGGGAACAAUCCGGUGGAGAAGGUGGUGCUGGUGAGCCUGCAGAGCGGGUACCUCUUCAUCCAGACGGACAAGACCAUCUACACCCCAAGCUCCACGGUCCUCUACCGGGUCUUCACCGUGGACCAAAACCUGCUGCCCGUGGGCCGGACCGUUAUAGUCAGCAUUCAGACCCCCGACGGCGUUAACGUCAAGAGGGACUCCUUGUCUUCUAACAACCAGGGUGGUAUCUUAGCCUUGUCUUGGAACAUUCCAGAGUUGGUCAACAUGGGACAGUGGAAGAUUCUUGCCCACUACGAAGAUUCCCCGCAGCAGGUCUUCUCCGCUGAGUUUGAGGUGAAGGAGUAUGUGCUGCCCAGUUUUGAGGUCCAAAUAGAGCCUGAAGAGAAAUUCUACUACAUCAAUAACCCAAAUGGCCUGGAGGUCACCAUCAUUGCCAGGUUCUUAUAUGGGAAAAAUGUGGAUGGAACAGCCUUUGUCAUCUUCGGCGUCCAGGAUGGUGACCAGAGGAUUUCACUGGCACAGUCCCUCACCCGAGUUGUGAUCGAGGACGGCACUGGGAAGGCGUUGCUGACCAGAGAGGUUCUGCUGAAUGGCGUGCAGCCCUCCGAAGCCAACGCCCUGGUCGGGAAGUCAUUGUACGUGUCUGUCACCGUCAUUCUAGAUUCAGGCAGUGACAUGGUGGAAGCAGAGCUCAACGGGAUCCCCAUCGUGACCUCCCCCUACCAGAUCCAUUUCACCAAGACGCCCAAGUUCUUCAAGCCAGCCAUGCCCUUCGACCUCAUGGUGUUCGUGACAAACCCCGACGGCUCCCCGGCCCGCCGCAUCCCCGUCAUGACCCAGGGCUCUAAUGUCUUCUCCUUGACCCAAGAUGACGGUGUGGCCAAGUUGAGCAUCAACACACCCAACAACCGGAAGCCCCUGAGCAUUACUGUACGCACGAAUAAGGAGGAUAUCCCAGAGGCACAGCAGGCCACCAAGACCAUGGAGGCCCAACCCUACACCACCCUGGGCAACUCCAACAACUACCUGCAUCUCUCUGUGCCCCGAACGGAGCUCAAACCGGGAGAGACACUCAAUGUCAACUUCCACCUGCGAACAGACCCCGGCCUGGAUGCCAAGAUCCAAUACUACACCUACCUGAUCCUGAACAAAGGGAAGCUGUUGAAAGCUGGACGCCAGGUUCGAGAGGCCGGCCAGGACCUGGUGGUGCUGCCCCUGCCCAUCACUACAGACUUCAUCCCUUCCUUCCGCAUCGUGGCCUAUUACACAAUGAUUGGCACGAACAGCCAGCGGGAGGUGGUGGCUGAUUCCGUGUGGGUGGAUGUCAAGGACUCGUGUGUGGGCACGUUGGUGGUGAAAGGUAGUGGGGACAAAGAGAAGCAGCACCUGCCCGGGCAGCAGAUGACCCUCAAGAUAGAGGGUGACCGGGGAGCACGCGUCGGGCUGGUGGCUGUGGACAAAGGCGUGUUUGUGCUGAAUAAGAAGAACAAGUUGACUCAGAGCAAGAUCUGGAAUGUGGUGGAGGCGGGAGACAUCGGCUGCACGGCAGGCAGUGGGAAGGACUAUGCAGGCGUCUUCACCGACGCGGGACUAGCCUUCCAGACCAACAAAGGCCUGCACACCAGCCAGCGGACGGAACCCGAGUGCCCGAAACCAACCGCCCGCCGCCGCCGCUCCGUGCAGCUCAUGGAGAAGAGGACCGACAAAGCCGGGCAAUACCAGAACAAGGAGCUGCGCCGCUGCUGCGAGCACGGCAUGCGUGAGAACCCCAUGAAGUUCUCCUGCCAGCACAGGAUCAAGUUCAUCAGCCAGGGCCCUAAGUGCGUCAAGGCCUUCCUGGACUGCUGCAACUACAUCACCAAGCUGAGGCUCGAGCACAGCCGCCUGCGGCCUCUAGGCCUGGCUAGGAGCGACAUGGAUGAAGACAUUAUCCCAGAAGAGGACAUCAUCUCCCGAAGCCAGUUCCCUGAGAGCUGGCUGUGGACCAUAGAGGAGUUUAAAGAACCAGAUAAAAAUGGAAUCUCCACCAAGACCAUGAAUGUGUUCCUGAAAGACUCCAUCACCACCUGGGAGAUUCUGGCUGUGAGUUUGUCUGACAAGAAAGGGAUUUGUGUGGCUGAUCCCUACGAGGUCAAGGUGAUGCAAGAUUUCUUCAUUGACCUUCGUCUGCCCUACUCUGUCGUGCGCAACGAGCAGGUGGAAAUCCGAGCCGUCCUUUACAACUACCGAGAGCAGGAAUCCCUCAAGGUGAGGGUGGAGCUGCUCUACAACCCAGCCUUCUGCAGCCUGGCCACCGCCAAAAAGCGCCACCAGCAGACCCUGGUCAUCCCGCCCAAGUCCUCCGUGCCUGUGCCUUAUGUCAUCGUGCCCCUGGAGAUCGGCCUACAGGAGGUGGAGGUCAAGGCCGCCGUCUACAACCACUUCAUUAGUGACGGUGUCAAAAAGACCCUGAAGGUCGUGCCGGAAGGAAUCAGAGUCAACAAAACUGUGAUCGUUCGCACCCUGAAUCCAGAAGUCCUGGGCCAAAACGGUGUACAGCGAGAAGAAAUCCACGCGGCCAACAUCAGCGACCAGGUGCCUGACACGGAGUUGGAGACCAGGAUCCUUCUGCAAGGGACCCCGGUUGCCCUGAUGGCAGAGGAAGCCAUAGAUGGGGAGCGACUGAAGCACCUCAUCAUGACCCCCUCUGGCUGCGGGGAGCAGAACAUGAUUGGCAUGACGCCCACGGUCAUCGCCGUGCACUACCUGGACAGCACCGACCAGUGGGAGAAGUUCGGCCUGGAGAAGCGGCAGGAGGCCCUGGAACUCAUCAGGAAGGGGUACACUCAGGAGCUGGCCUUCAAGCAACCUAACUGGGCCUACGCGGCCUUCAAGGACCGACCGCCCAGUACCUGGCUGACAGCCUACGUGGUCAAGGUCUUCUCUCUCGCCGCCAACCUCAUCGCCAUCGACUCCCAGGUCCUCUGCGAGGCUGUCAAAUGGCUGAUCCUGGAGAAGCAGAAGCCAGAUGGAAUUUUCCAGGAGGAUGGGCCUGUGAUACAUCAAGAAAUGACUGGUGGCUUCCGGGAUGACAAGGAGAAAGACAUGGCCCUCACCUCCUUCGUUCUCAUAGCGCUGCUGGAGGCUAGAGAUAUUUGCGAGGCACAGGUCAACAGCCUACCAGACAGCAUUGACAAGGCAGGAGAAUUCCUUGAAGCCAACUACUUGAAACUGCAGAGAGCAUAUACUGUGGCCAUUGCUGGCUAUGCCCUGGCCCAGAUGGGCAAACUGGAAGAUGUCCUCCUCGACAAAUUUCUGACCACAGCCACAGACAAGAACCGCUGGGAGGAACCUGGCCAGAAGCUCUACAGUGUGGAAGCUACAUCAUAUGCCCUCUUAGCCUUGCUGCUGCUCAAAGAUUUUGACUUUGUGCCUCCUGUUGUGCGCUGGCUCAAUGAGCAGAGAUACUACGGAGGUGGCUAUGGCUCUACCCAGGCCACCUUCAUGGUGUUCCAAGCCUUGGCCCAAUACCAGAAGGAAAUCCCUGACCAUGAGGACCUGAACUUGGAUGUGUCCAUUCACCUGCCCAGCCGCAACUCCCCGGUCCAGCACCGCAUCCACUGGGAAUCUGCCAGCCUUCUCCGAUCAGAAGAGACCAAGGAAAACGAGAAUUUCACAUUAACAGCUACAGGGAAAGGACAAGGCACCUUGUCGGUGGUGACAAUGUACCACGCCAAGACCAACGGCCAAGUCACCUGCAAGAAGUUUGACCUCAGGGUUAACAUACGACCAGCUCUUGACCAAGUCAAGAGACCUCAGGAUGCCAAGAGCACCAUGUUCCUUGAAAUCUGUACCAGGUACUUGGGAACACAGGAUGCCACUAUGUCCAUCCUGGAUAUAUCCAUGAUGACUGGUUUCUCUCCUGACGUUGAUGACCUCCAGUUGCUGAGCAAUGGCGUCGACAGAUACAUCUCUAAGUUUGAGCUGAGCAAUGCCUUGUCCAACAAGAACACCCUCAUCAUCUACCUAGACAAGAUCUCGCACAACGAGGAAGACUGUCUGACCUUCAGAGUUCACCAGUACUUCAACGUGGGGCUUAUCCAGCCUGGAGCAGUGAAGGUGUACUCCUAUUACAAUUUGGAUGAGACGUGCACUAAGUUUUACCACCCAGAGAAGGACAACGGCAUGCUGAGCAAGCUCUGCCACAAGGAGAUGUGCCGCUGUGCUGAGGAGAACUGCUUCAUGCGCCCUGACAGCAUGGCCUCCCUGGAUUACCGGUUGGACAAGGCCUGUGAGCCAGGAGUGGACUAUGUGUACAAGACCAGGCUGCUGAAGAUGGAACCUUCCGACAACUUCGAUGAUUACAUAAUGGUCAUCGAGCAGCUCAUCAAGUCAGGCUCUGACGAGGUCCAGGUCGGGCAGCAGCGCCGGUUCAUCAGCCACAUCAAGUGCAGAGAGGCCCUGAAGCUGCAGGAGGGGAAGCAGUACCUCGUGUGGGGCAUCUCCUCUGACCUGUGGGGCGAGAAACCCAACAUCAAAUACAUUGUGGGGAAGGACACGUGGGUGGAGCUGUGGCCUGAGGCCGACGAAUGCCAAGACGAGGAGAAUGAGGAACGGUGCAGGGACCUGGCCAGCUUCAGCGAGACCAUGGUCGUCUUCGGCUGCCCCAACUGACCCCCAUCACAUCCCCAUUAAUAAAGCUGGUUGCAUUUCA